CUGUAGGCCGUUUCACAUUUCACAGUCUGUUAUCUGGAAACUGUUUUUUCUUCAUUUGCUUCUCUAUAUAAGAAGAACCUCCGCCCCUCCACUAAUUCAAGUAAAAUCCUUGCUACUUUAUCCCAAGAAAGCUCUAGAAAAUUAUUCUUUUUCCCUUAAAAUAAUCUUCUUUCUUGUUCCAAGAACACGAGAGAAUCACUUUCACAUCCAAAGGUUCUUGGUCGUGGAGCUGGGUUUUUCUUCGUCUGUUACUCUUACCUUUUGUGUUUCACAUUGCAAAAAUGUCGAGUGAUUCAAUAACUAUCAGAGAAGUAUGGAAUGAAAAUCUUGAAGAGGAGUUCAAACUCAUUAGUAACAUAAUCGAUCAUAAUCAUGAACAGAAGUAUGUAGCUAUGGAUACUGAGUUUCCUGGGCUGGUUGUCGGUCGAAAUCAAAACCUCAAUAAUCUUGAUCCUGACGCGCGUUACCAGAUACUUAAGAAAAAUGUUGAUCACUUAAAAUUGAUUCAAUUAGGACUUACAUUUUCUGAUGUCAGCGGAAACUUAGCCACUUGUGGAACAGGAAAGAUCUGUUCAUGGCAAUUCACUUUUCGCGAGUUUGACAUUCAUAACGAUCCGCAUAGUAAGGAGUCUAUUGAAUUGUUAACUGAGAGUGGAAUCGAUUUUGGAAGGAAUCUUGAAUUGGGUGUUGAUGCUGAGAGAUUCCGUAGCUUGCUAAUGACUUCAGGUGUUAUGUCGAAUCCUAGUUUUAAAUGGGUUGUAUUUCAGGGUGCAUAUGAUUUUGCGUAUUUGUGUAAGUUGCUUUCUGGCAAGAGUAAUCUACCCGAAUCCCGAGCAGAGUUCUUAGAGUUGAUGAAGAAGUAUUUUCCGGUGAUUUAUGAUAUUAAGUAUUUGGCAAAAAUAUGCAGCAUUCAUAGUGGGUUGGGAAAUCUGGCAACGUCGCUUGAUGUGGAGAGGGUUGGUACUGCUCAUCAGGCCGGUUCAGAUAGUUUGCUUACUUGUCGUACAUUCUGGGCAUUCAUAGGGAAAUACUUUGGUGGCUCACUGCCGGUGCAACAUGCCGGAAAGGUGCACGGCAUUGGUGAAAAUUGACAGUAUGCUCAUUGAUAGAUAGGGACAUUCUUUAAUGGCUCACUGGAUAACUAUGCCGGAGUUUUGUUUGGCCUGUGAUAUGUAAGUUGACAGAAUAUACUCAUUGAUAGAAAGGCUACAAUACAAUUCAUAAUAUGAAAAUAAACAUACACAAGUUUUUGUUA